AUGGAUGACGAUCACGUUAUUGCUCCCGUGCCUUUGGACGGCCAAGAACGCCUUGCUGCUCUCCAACACCUUGGUGCCUCUUUUCACGAAGGCCGUCGUCGUAUUUCCAAAGUUGCUACACCAGCUGAUGACAUGGAAGACAAGAUACCCGCUUUUGUUGAUAACCAAUGUGUCGAUAACGAUGACCAGACCACAGGACCAUCAAAACAUCAUCAUUCUCCACACCACUAUGCUAACCGAAAAACAUUACCGGAUCGAAUACAAUAA